AUGAAGCGUUCAAAUAGAACUACUCGUGCACAUAUGCCAAUGCCAAAAUUGCGUAUUAAAUCUAAAAACAAAUUAGAAAAUGCCAAGAGAACUUCUAUAGAUGAUCAUAUAUCAGAACACAAUAACAUGGAUGAUAUUGAUUUGUUUUUUGAAGAAAAUCAAGUUGAAGAAACCGGAGAUUCAUCAACUAGUAAUUAUAUCUUACCAAGUGAGCCUAGAGAAAGUAUCAAUAAUUAUCAACCUCAGUAUAGUUCAUUAAUUGAUACUAUAGGAAAGACCUCAGUCAAUUAUGAUGAAUUCAAUAUAUCUGAUAUGAAUUCAACUUAUGACAAUGAAAGCUUAUCUGAUAUCUUAGAUGUUGUAGAGAAUAGUGACGAUGAAUCUGAUAUUUUAGAUGUUGUAGAGAAUAGUGACGAUGAAUCUGAUAUUUUAGAAGAAGCUUUGGAAACUGAUAUACUAGAAGAUAUGUCUUCUGACUUUGAGGGCUUUAAUAACAAAUAUGGUCCAUAUUUUUCAAAUUUCACAUCUGCAAUGAUUUUUAUUUGGAUCACCAAACAUAUGAUUU